AGGUUAUUAUUAAUGGUGUGUUGGCUGGACAUCUCGUGUAGUCUGUGUGUUCGUUGCACUUGUUAAAGGUCAAUUGUGUUGUUUCCCGGCUUUAGGAAUGAGAAAAUUAAUAGUGCUGCUUGUUUUUGUUUGUUGUACAAAUUGUGCCGAACCAGAUUGUCCUACUCUCCUUGACGCCGACAACCUGUCCCAAACGCAACUGCUUGAGAGGUUAACACAUGGCUGCCGCUACGAUCGCCUGGAGAGGCCAAUUACAUAUUCAGAGUCAGGCAAUCGACUUCCUGUGGACGUUUACGUUCGGUGGUAUGUCUAUUUUAUGCAGAACUUGGAAGCCCACGAUUUGCAGUUUAAAAUCCAUGCUCUCCUGCAACUGCGUUUUCUCGAUCCUCGUUUGACUUUUCGCAAAGUUGCGCCCAAACGCAAGCAACCCAUACUAGGCGAAAAGCCGUUACGUGAUAAUCUAUGGGUACCGCACAUAUUUUUAGCCAACGAAAGAGAUUCCAGCAUAAUGGGCACCAAUGAAAAAGAUAUUCUAACCUCAAUCUCUCCCGAUGGAACGGUAAUCAUUUCCAGUCGAAUAAAGGCCACCUUGUACUGCUGGAUGAAUUUGCAGAAAUUUCCCUUUGACGAGCAGCACUGCUCUACGUAUUUGGAAAGCUGGAUGUACAAUACAUCGGAAUUGAUAUUGCACUGGGAACAGAAGCGGCCGAUCACUUUCGAUCCAGAUCUGCAUCUGACAGAGUACAUUCUACAACAGGCUUGGAGCAAUGAGACUGUGAUUAAUGCAGACUUGAACGAUCUCCGUCACGGAGCGUUUGCGGGUAAUUACAGUUCGUUGGGGUUUACAGUACAUUUUACGAGAGAAGUAGGCUUCUACAUCAUGGAUUACUUCCUGCCAUCAAUGUUGAUUGUGGGAAUAUCAUGGGUUUCGUUUUGGUUGCAAGCUGACCAGGCGCCUCCCCGCAUUAUGCUAGGGACCUCUACAAUGCUGACUUUCAUAACAUUAGCAUCGGCUCAAGGUAAAACAUUGCCCAAGGUGAGUUACAUCAAAGUGUCGGAGGUGUGGUUUCUCGGGUGCACCCUCUUUAUUUUUGGCAGUUUAUUGGAAUUUGCUUUCGUCAACACAAUUUGGAGGCGUAAGCAGAAUGUGGAUGUAAAAUCUAUGAGCAGUAGGCACAUCUUAAAAUCAACUCUUUCACCGCGGCUGUCAAGGCGGAAAGCACGCUCGCGUUCUUUUUCAACAGGUACUCUGGGCACCGACAGCAUUUCCCUGACUGGAGCCCCAAAGUUCAAUAACUACUUAACGGUGCACAACUUUCCAAUUACCACAAUCAAUGAAAAUGAGACCGAAAUGGAUAAUGUGUCGAAGGUGACAUCUUUCACCACCGCUCCCAAUAGCCAAAAAAUGGAUGUCGGCCUCUUGGAAGAUGGCAACAGCAGCAAUGGCAAUAAUGGGGAAAGUAAAAACGGCUGGACUACGCUUACACCCCAACAAAUAUCGCAAUGGAUCGAUGCCAAGGCCCGUGUAUUGUUCCCAAUGUCCUUUCUAGUGUUCAAUGCGUUCUUCUGGACCUUUGUGUACAUAUUUUGAAUUUAUGUCCGCUUUGUAAAGUCUAUUUUAAUUUUUAUAACGUUCUUUAUUUUUAUCCCAAUUUUAUUGUUAUUUUUCUGUAUAUCUUAAGAUCCAAAUAUAUUUUUGUUUGUACGAUA